AACGCAAAUGCCGCGGCAAGAUCAAUUUUGAUCGUCACUUUUUUCAGACAACACCGGUAGAAAUUUACAAAUAGUCCAGCUGCGAGAAAAGCCUCACUUUUCCUCAGCUCCCAAUAUUUCAUACCGAUCAUCGAGAGUUUAGGGUUCGCAAGAAAGAGAGAUGGCAGAGGAACAGGAGAUACGAUCAGAAGUCGAGGCUGUUCUGGCCGUCUACGGUCUCGCCGUCCACAUCAGGCCUCGCACCGCCGACGAUUCAACCCAACAAUUUGUAGAAGUAAUAUUGGGGCUUAAAUUAGAUGGGCAGUAUCCAGAUAAACCUCCUUAUGUAUAUAUAGUAGACAUGAAGGGUCUUGAUGACAAACGACAAUCAUAUUUGGUUACAAGGAUAAAUGACAAAGCCCACGAGCUCUCUUCAUACCUGAUGCUUGUAGCACUUUGUGAGGAAGCGGUGGAGAUUCUUUCCAACAUGAACCAUCCUGAAGGAGAUUGCCCAUUGUGCCUAUACCCUUUGGUCAGAGAAGAUAACUCUGGUACUGCUUUGCCAUUUAUGAAGUUGAUGUCCUGCUACCACUGCUUCCACAGUGAGUGCAUAAUCAGGCUGUGGAAGUGGUUUCAAGAACAAAAAGAAACCAAAGAAAUGAACCAGGCUGAUGAAGCUUCUGCUGUUAGUGUAGGAGAUGAAAGAGGUUUGCAAGUAAAACAGCAAAAGACAAAUUGUCCGGUUUGUCGAAAGGAGUUUGAUGCAAAGGAUAUGGAACAUAUUAUCGGUUAUCUGGGCACGAGUUCAUCUCAGUCGAGUUGUGCAAGCUUGGACAUAGAUGAAGAUGAAAAAUCUUAUCUCCAGUCUGAGUCAGAGAAUAACAGAAGGGAGAAAUUUGAGGCCCUGUUAAAGCUACAACAAGAAAAUAACGGUCUCAUUGAACCGAGGAAGAAUCUUGCGAUACUGCCCGGAAUGUUCCUCCCUGAAAAUGUGACAAAACCUAGCACAUCAAAAGAAACCGAGAAUGAACAAUGUGUAGAUGAUGCUUCUGGUGCAAAAAUUGAAGUGAAAUCUGGACACUCUUUGAACAAAGCUUCAACAAGCAGGCAUAGCCACAGAGAUUCGAGAAGAAAGAACAAGUAUCAGAGUUCAAAAAAGCCACCUCAUGCACCACCUAAUAGACAACAAUGGGUUAAGAGAGAACUAUAAAGGUAUUAGUCAUCAAAGUUGCUCUUGCUUUUGAGAAGAAAAACUAUUUAUCUUUAUGGAUAUUGUGUGAAGGAAAGAAGCCUUACAGUUGUGUUGCACAAAUUGUUAACUUGGAACUGUAUGGUACGGGCAGGAGUAUAUUCUACUUUUAUUUCCUUUUUCGUGUACUCAAAUGUGUUUGCUUCUCGGGUAAGUGUUGAUUCCUAUCAUGUUACUUCUUCACGUGUCAAUGCUUUAUUUGUUCUGAAUUUAAUUUAGUUU